CCCUAUAAAAGCGGGGGGUAGACCAUCGAGGAAUCAGUGUGCUCACUGUCGACCAACAUGAACAGCACAGAGAAGCUGAAAAUCCUGUUCGUCUGCGGCCUGGUUCUGUCCGUCGCGGCAGAGGAGGCGAAAAAGACCGCGGAGGAGUUGAAGCCUAGCGACAACACGAAAGCUAAGCGAGGUUUGGAGCUGAGUCUCGGGGGCCACGGAUUCGGAGGCGGUUUCGGAGGCGGUUUAGGAGGAGGUCACGGAGGCGGUUUUGGCGGCGGCUUGGGCGGUGGCUUCGGAGGCGGCGGCUUCGGAGGCGGCGGCGGAGGCGGCGGAGGCGAGAGCAUAUCAGCGGAGCACAUCAGUGCAGUCACGGUCACGAAGACCGUCCACGUACCGGAGCCGUACCCUGUCGAGGUCGAGAAACACGUGCCCUACCCCGUCAAAGUCCCGGUCAAAGUGCCGAUCGACAAACCAUACCCCGUCCACGUGCCACAGCCUUACCCGGUCACCGUUGAGAAGCACGUACCCUAUCCGGUCGAGAAGCCAGUACCUUACCCGGUGAAGGUCCCUGUCAAGGUUCCGGUAAAGGUGCCUUACCCGGUCAAGGUACCUAUCAAGGUGCCGGUCACGGUGUCAAAGCCGGUGCCCUAUCCCGUUAAAGUGCCCGUGGUCGUGAAGGAGGCGGUGCCCGUUUUGUUGCAAGAACACGGCCACGGAGGCUUCGGCGGCGGCGGCGGCGGCGGAUUCGGAGGCGGAUUCGAUGGCGGAUUGGGCGGACAUGACUUCGGCGGUUUCGGUCACCAUUGAGGCAAAGGCCAGCUAGCCCAAUACCCCGACGAGGUUGGAAGUCUUUGACCUUCUCGACGACUCGUUCCCGACGACACACGCCGAUCUCGCGUGGCCGGUUCACCUCGGUUCUCGUCGAGAAACGUCGAGAACUAAUCCAGCUCGCGACGAGCGUCGUCGCCUAGAAUGCACCGACAUUGUAUUCAACGUGAUCCCAACCUCGAAUUGUAUUAUAUUAUGUCUUUUCCUCCUCUUUUUUACAAAUAAAUAAAGCGAUAUUUUUUAUACAUAA